AUGGAUGAAAUAUUAAAUAAGUCACUUGAAGAUAUCCUCAGUAGCAAUUCUAUUAGUACUAGAGUCAAGCAGAGGAUAUGCUGGCAAAAAUUAUGUGAACAUGUAUCACAAAAUUGGGCAGAUUUUGAUACUCCUUUAACUAAAUUAUUAUAUAUUUUAUGUACAAAUGGGUAUAUUAAUUUUAAAUGUGAAUCUUUACUUCAUAACAAUAACAAUCCUUACUAUAAAGAGGAAUCGGUUUUGGUAGAAUGGUCCGAACUUAAAAUGAAUUAUGAUGAAGAGUCACCAAAAUUUAAUAGAGAAUCUAGAUCAGUAGAAAAUUUAGGAGUUUUGAACCAUAUUGAGGAGAUUUUUAUGUCAGAAAGUAAAUUAUUGGAGAAUUUACGUCAACGUUGUAAGAUCAGUGAACUAGAAGAAUUAUUUCAAUCACAAGAACCAAAUUUAUAUCAUUAUGUUUUAAAACAAAAUAAAAAUAAUGCGAAUUCUUGUAAGAAUAAUAUAAUGAAACUUGCAAGUCCUGGAUUUAGUACAGGUCUUAAGGAAUUGGCAAAAAGUAAUCCAGAUAGUAAAUUAUUGUUGACAAACAAGAAAGAUUUACAUGAUGAAACUAAUAAGGAAAAUUGCAAUAACUCAGAAGUAGAAAAAUUUUUAAAACUUUUAAAUGGUAAAGUGAAAUCAGAAUAUAUUGAAUGGGUUUUAAGUAUAAGAAUAAGACCAAAAAGUUUGAUCAGUGAGAAUGAUGUAAUUGGCUUACAGGAGGUUAAGAAGAUGUUAAGAGAUAAAAUAAUAAAUCCAAUUCAGCGUCCAGAUUUACAUAUUGGAUUACAUUCUGCACCUAGAGGAAUACUAUUAUUUGGUCCCCCAGGGACAGGGAAGACAAUGUUAGCAAAGUGGAUAGCUAAUGAAUGUAAAGCUACAUUUUUUGAUGUCUCCCCUGGCAGUAUAAUGAGUAAAUUUUAUGGUGAGACUGAAAAUAUUAUAAAGGCUCUAUUUUUAAUUGCAGAAUUUUCGUCACCCUCAAUUAUUUUUAUAGAUGAAAUUGAUAGUAUUUUUAGUAAAAGGAAAGAGAAAGAUGAUGAUAAUAAUAUAAGAAUUAAAAACCAAUUUUUACAAAUGAUAGAUGGAGUACAGAGUGAUAUGUCUAAAAUUGUAGUAGUUAUUGGAGCAACUAAUCGUCCAGAUAUGUUGGAUGAUGCUGCUUUAAGACGCCUAAGUAAACGUGUAUUAAUUCCUUUACCUUGUAUACAAAGUAGGAUAGGUCAAAUAAAAUAUCUAUUGAAUUCUAGUACUUAUAAUGGAUGUAAACUUGAUGAUAAUCAAUUAGCUACUAUAGGUAAUUUUACAGAUGGUUGGAAUGGGAGUGAUAUAAAAAAUCUUUGCGUUAAAGCUGCAGAAUUUUCUUAUGAUGAGACUAUUGAAAAAUAUGGAGGUAUAAACUUGGUUCCAGAUGUAAAGUCAUUUCGUUCUAUAUCAAUACAUGACUUUGAUAAAGCUCUAAAACUUGUAAAACCAAGUUAUAGUAAUUCUAAAGGUACACUGAACUUCCAAGAGUGGUCAGAUAUGUUUGGAGUAAUUUAA